GGACAUCGCUCGGCCAGAGAGCGCCAGAUAUUCAGGAUAUCAUCGUAUCCACUGGAGCACAGAGAGCAGGAAACGGCAGCAGGACUGAGGUUUCAGGAUGAAUUCUCUGCUUUAUUUCCACGUUUUCGUGCUGGCGGUGGUGUGCGGCGUCGGACUGGCGUUAGAUCCGAAGUGUAACGUGACAGCAGCUGAAGGAACCGGAGACAGAACCCUGAAAUAUUCCUACAACAAGCAGUUCGGAUACUGUUUGCCGUUCUUCCAUAAGGGGGAAUGUCUCGGUGGCAACUGCUUCGAUUCUGACGAGACCUGCAUGCAGUCCUGUUCCCUGGAUUACAGACAGCGCUUUCCAGAAGGAGACGCAGUUUGUUCUCUACCGCCGGAGAAGGGAAACUGCCUCGCCCUGCUCGCCCACUACUACUACGACAGCGAGGAGAAGAUCUGCAGACUCUUCCAUUACUCCGGCUGCCACGGAAACGGCAACCGCUUCGAAACCAGAGAGGCCUGCCAAUCAAUGUGCCAGGCGAAAUCUGGGCGAAUGCUCGGAGCAGCAGAGACCCCUAACCCUGACCAGCAGACAGUGGAUGUGGGCUUGAUUGUUGGCAUCCUGGGAGGCAUCGUAUUCGCGGUGGCAGUGGUCGUUGCUAUUGCGAUGUUUGUUACUCAAAGGAAGGCAAAACGUGUGGACAUGAAAAAAGUGCCGACGACUGAUAUCGAGAUGAGCUAAACAAGGAAACCUAAAUUCCUGAACUGCGUUUUUAUGUUUUUUACCUCUUUUUUAAAGACUUAUUGAUUUAUUUGAUCACUGUAUGGAAAUUAUGUGAAUAGCCUCCAAUGAUCUAGAGCUAAGGGGAGUCAGUGUGUUUAGUGUAUGUUAAAAAGCGUGCUGUAAUGCUGUAACAAAUGUAAUAAUUCAAUCGUUCUUGUCACACAAAAAAGAACCUGUCAAAAAAAAUGAUUAUCUUUUAUAAUAUAAAAAGAUUUAAAGCCAUUUAUUUUGGAACAAUUCUAUGGGUUCAUUCAUCAUAAAAUUUUAACAUGACUUUCAGAUUAUUGUUAAAAAGAGAACAAUAGCAUUAAAAUAAAAAAGAGUUCUAAUUUUUUUGUGUGACAGUAACAAAAGGUUUAUUAUGACAUUUGUGUAGUAAUUCACAAAUUAAAAUAUUUUAACCUCUUGUAAUUAAUCAGACUGUUAUUGUUACUGUGCCUUCAAGAAAGAUAUAUGUAAAUGACUUCUGUUCUGAUUGGCUGCCAUGUAUUUUUCCUCAUUCAAUGCUCCUUAUCUACUUACAGACCUACAUCAACAUCUAUAACCAUCAAAUGGUCCUGAAUGAAUGGUAGUCAUGCCUGUAAAUAUUACUAUGUGAGUUUUAUACGGUGUCGUAUCUUUCAUACUGUUUUGUUUAGUAUAUUUUGUUUCGUUUUGUUUUACCAAAUGACAAAUAAAGGGGUUAUCCAUUAAAA